GUCAAGUUGUAUUUCGAUGAGUUUUCGAACGUAGUGCAUAACAUUGUGAAUUCUAUAAAGUGACUUUUGCUUUUUGUAGAAACUGGAAUUACAUACACCUCAGAAAUAAUGAGUUUUGGGUUACCAUCGAUCGUUCCAAAACCAACUGUCAGUGAUGAGUUCAACAUUCACAAUGAUAAUUAUGGUGUACCUAAUCCUAUGGUUUCAGGAUUAUCAGCAACUAGGCAAAGUAUAGGUUAUUCUCAUCCUAUAGAAGCAUCUGAAAGAAAUUAUCAACAAAAUCGCGAUCGUAUGAAUAUGAUAUUGCUUAGAAAUACACAAGGGAUACAUGCUCCAAUGCGUUUAGCAAUGGAGUUAAAAGCCACAGAAAGUAUUGGUAGACUUCCAUUUUUACCAUCAUCAAAUAUGAUGAGAGAUGUUUUACUUGGACGGGAUGAGGAAAUAGGGUUUGAAGAUGUGCUCAACACACCUGAAUUCAGAGAACAAAUGGGUCAGCCUCAUGCAGUUAUUGAAAAAAGUCUUGGAAUAUUAUAAAUAAAUCUUAAUUUAACAUUUUUAUUAUUGUCUCUGUAUUAUUGAAUACAUCAAGUAAUAAAUGUUUACAUCUUA